GCUGUCAUCACUCUUCAAAAAAAAUUGUCUUGUUGAUUUUGUAUCGUGAGAGAAGGUGACAAAAUUGCAGCACUGAUAUUGAUACACAGUAGUUUUCAGCCUAAUAGAAACUUAAGCAUUUCUUAACUUUCAGUGGUGUGUUGACAUUUAUGUUGGUGUCAAAUCACCUCUGAAAAUUAAUAAAUGCUGAAAUAGUUUGCAUUAAGUUUCCCCUGAUUCCCUAUGCUAACAACAUCAAUGGCACAUACCAUAGUUCCUCAGAUAAGUUCCCAGGCACUGAUUUAAAAUUCUGGUGGAAAGGAAAGGCAGUUAUUGGAAGGAGGGUACUUAUUCCAUUUAAGUUAGCACAAUAAUAGGGAAAAAAUAUGGAUGAGACUGUUCAUGAUAAUGUUCAAGAAAAUCUUGUUUUUUUCCCUUUAGUUUAUGAUACAAGCAGCAGAGAGAUGUUUGAGAAAUUGGAAGAAUGGCUCAAUGAAAUAGAAAUGUAUUCAACAAAAAAAGACAUCAUAAAAAUGCUUGUUGGCAACAAAAUAGACAAGGAGGGUUGUGAAGUUGAUAGAAAACAGGGAUUACAAUCAAGAAGACAUUCCAUGUUAUUUAUUGAAGCAAGUGCAAGAACAAGAGAGGGGGUUCAACUUGCUUUUGAGGAACUAGUAGAGAAGCAAAUUUGACGACCUUUGUGAGGAAACUGCAGUGGAAAGCAAUGAAUUGGUAAGUUUAUUUGGACCAAAAUGUGAAUUCUCCAGAGAGAGAGAGAGGGAGAGUUUUAGUUUCCUUCAUUCAUGACAGACACAGAAUUUUCUUUCAAUUAUUUUACAGCGUGACCUUUAAGUUGGUGUUUCAAAAUUCAUUUUAUAAUCUUAUAGACUGUAGAGUAGUAAUGCAUUCAUACUACUUCUGUCUCAACUUCCCCGUGGAUGCAUUUACAUUUAAGUUUACAUCACUUUCCUUGCAAUAUCUACAACAAACAUAAUUGUAAGCGAUGAAUUUCAGCUUGAGAUCUUUGCAGAAUGCAAGCUUGUGACCAGGAGAUGUGUUUUGCAAUGCUGGAUCAAGAGUGAUAAAUUUAUUAUGUGAGCUUUGCCUUCGAGAAAGAGAAACUAUGAUUAUAUUAAUUAUGUACAUAAGCUCAAUAUAUGCAACAUAUGAUAAGU